AUGUCGAACACCGAGCAAAGGCCAUUUGUGCCUUCAAAGAAAAUCAAUACCGAGUACCCUCUCAUCGACAGUGACCCACAUAUCAAACGAGUACUUGGCUAUGCACGACCAUCGGACUAUGCGGUCGGAGCAGCAACGGCUACCGCAGGACCAGGUUUGAUGUUAUUAUGGGAACGAAUUUCCCCUUCACUGGUUGGAAAGGGAGGAUUUGCUCCUAUCAUGCGGCUGUCGGGGGUUAUUGGUGUUGGGGCUGGGUUCUUCAUGUUUUAUCAACGUUCUAUACUGCGCUUCUACGGUUUCACGGAAAACAAGCGUGAGCAAGAAAUGGACAUGAGAGAAAUGGUUAGCAAGGUUAAGAAGGGAGAGUCUUUGUACGGUGAAAGCACCACUACACCAUACAUUCAGGGUGUCGCAUCGAGGAACUCGAGAUACGCAGGAGUCUGGAUGCAUGUGAUGCCUUGGUUCAACUUGGUAAAUCACAACCAGCACGGAGUAGAUACAUCCAAGUAUUACCAACAGGCCGAGAGAGAGUUGGAGGCUGAGAGGUCGGGAAAGAGUUUGACGAACUAG